AUGGAUACGUUUUUAAAUGCAAACUUUGCUUCUUUGGAUGAUCUCAAUUCAAUUGACAAAGUUAUUGCCACUAUUCAGCACAAGCAAGACAUCAACAGUAAAGAAAAAACGAGUUUAACAGGUCAAAAUGCAAGCACGCAAAGUAGAAUGACUAAGAUUGUUGGGGAAAUCCGCAGUCAGGUUGAAAGUGCAAUUAAAUCAAACGAUGUUGACAAGCUGGACUCACUAAUCAAAACAUAUGGAAAUCUAUCACUAUUGCAGGAUGUGAAAAAACAAAUGGUCGAGAAAAGACGUUUAUUGGUACUAAAGGACGUGUGCAUUUCCUUUUUGAAAAUUCAAAAAGAUAUAUCAGAUCUUAAAAACCUGGAUACAAUAAGCAACUCGAAUUAUGAUGAACAAUUAGAUAUUCUUACAGAUGUUUACAAACGGGUUGAACUUUACUACAAUAAUGAAGAGUAUAACACAGCAGAAUAUGGACAGUCCGUCAUAAGCAGCAUCAAAUCAUACAGAGAUCAACUAUUUAAUAGUCUAUCAUCAGUCAUAACUGUCAGAUUCAAGCCCGAAACAGAAAACGCAUUGAACGAAGAAUUAAAGGAUUUUGGCACUGAAAAGCAAAAGCCAAUAAAAAGCGCAGAGAUGAAAAAGAUAAUCCUCAAUUUCAUGAGACUUCUUAAACUUCAAACACUUGAUCCAAUAAAUAACAAUCCAACAUAUCCAAAAACAAUAUGGGCAGUGGAUUGCAUCUGCUCUGCUUUCAAGGUUAGAUUUGUUUAUCAUUUUGAAGGACCAACAGAAACCAAUCAGAUUUCAAAGCCAGAGUAUGCGCUUGAAUACAUCUUUGGUUACUUGAAGAAAAACCAGGAACUGGUACGUCUAACAUUUAGAGAUAUUUUUCACAAAUACUAUCCUAAGAUAUUGAUAGAAGACAGCUUUAUCACAUCGGUUUUAGCCAUCGCACGAAACAAAUUUAUACAUGAUCGGUCGCUUUGUGCUAAAAACGAACAGUUAUUAAACCAUCUCGUGUUUGAACUUCAGAAAUUUGACCGUAGAUUGGCGGAUGAAUUUAAUUAUCAUCAAAUUAUGGGACGUGACGAGUGGCCUGGGCUAACGUAUGAUCUCAUUCUUUCGGAUGAGCAGAUAUUUGCAAAAUGGCUAGAUGAUGAAAAACGAUUUGUCAAUCAUCGUUACGACGAAAUAAUUAAUGCUGAGCAAGCAUUUAGCAUAGACUAUGGAUUUGUAGAGGAAGGUCAGACUCAACCUACGAAAUCGGCAGAGAAUCUUACAAACUUGUUCGAUGGAAUAACGCUAAGUUAUGAAGACUUGCCUUUAAAAUACCAGCUCAAGUUUCUCAGUGAUGUUCAAUUAAAAUUGUUGAAUUUCUACUAUGAAAUCCUCUCGCAAGGACUUAAUGCAUUGGAUUCCGUGAAGAGAACAGAUGACAUAAGCUAUAUCGAGCGUUUAUGUCGAAUAUGGUGCUCGGCGAAAUUCAUGGUAGCAGCAAUGCAGAAGUGGGGUGAAAAACCAAUAUUUGUUGAACUCUGGAAUGCAAUAAACCCUAAUAACAAUUGUGCUAAUACAUUUUUCGAUUCGGUGGUAUCAGGUUACCAGAGAGGGGUGCUUAGUAAAAUAACGGAAAAGCUUAAAACACAUAUAGAGAGACAACUAAACAGGACCAUGAAGGAAUACUUCCAAAACAACACAUCCUGGAAUAAUUUGGAGGAUGUGAACUCACAAUGCCAAGAAUUGCAACUUCCAAUAGAGACAUUGCGAAAAGAUUUGGAAUUCUUGAGAAAGUGCUUGUUUGUUGCGGAAUUCAGGUCUGCAAAGCAAAUAUUUUCGAGUGUCAUAUCCACGUAUUUCGAGAAGAAUUUCAUUUGGUGUAAUACAUUCAGCAAACCUGGUGCCUCCCAGUUGAAAAUGCACAUUGACAUGCUUUAUGAUAACUUGAACAUUACCAGGGAUUACAAGCACUACUAUAGAAUAAUAGAUAUGCUUGAUGUCCUUGGAUCCGAUACCAUAGAGUAUUCGCAGCAUCAUGUGAUAUCAAGAAAGGACAUAUCCGACUUGAUGCUCAGGAAAGCAUGA